AUGGCUUUUAAUUAUUCAAUGAACACCAUCGCAGUUCUUCAAAAUUAUAUGAACUACACCCUCGACGAGACUCCGGGAAUGAAAGCGCUUGUAAUGGAUGCAGACACGAUUCCCGUCGUCUCCGUUUUGUUUUCCAUGACGGAGAUUAUCCAAAAAGAGGUAUACCUCGUACAACAACUGAGCGACACGACACGCGACACUUUGCUUCAUUUGAGUGCUGUUUGCCUUUUACGACCAACAAGUGCAAAUAUGGAGUUACUCAAAACCGAACUUGCCGCACCAAAGUACGGGAAAUAUUACUUGUAUUUCACAAACUGCUUGGAUCCAUCACAAAUUGCUUUGUUAAGUCAUGCAGACACGCACGAAGUUGUCCAAAAGGUGAUGGAAUUAUAUAUUGACUUCAUGCCAAUCAAUGCCGACUUAUUUAUAUCGUCCUCCCCAAACUUCUGUUCAAUAACUUCAGAAAAUUCGGUGUUUUGGGAACAGAAGACAGUUAGUUCGAUAACUUCACUCUGUCUUUCCCUCAAGAAGAAUCCAUCUAUCCGUUUUCAACAGAAUUCGGAGCUGUCGAAACGGAUUGCCGAUGGUGUUUCGAUGCAGAUCGACAAACAAAAAGACUUUUUCAAAAGUGGAAGUACGGGGGUCAACUUGGUUAUAUUAGAUCGAUGCUUUGAUCCAAUUACACCACUUUUGACAGAGUGGACAUAUCAGGCAAUGAUUCACGAGUUCAUCGGAAUUGAUAACGGUAAAGUCCAAUUGAACAACCAAUCGGUUGUACUUUCAGAUGACGUGUUCUACACAGAGCACAUGUACCAACUGUUCAGCGACAUCACCGACAGUGUUAUUAAAGCAGUGAACGAGUUAACACAAAAAGCUGGUGUUAAGAGUAAACAGUACAACUCGCUUGAGGAAAUGCGGCAGGUCAUUGACUCGAUUCCACAAAUGAAAAAGGAGUCUGCUGGUGUGAAAAAGCAUUUGGGGUUAAUGGGAUUAAUCAACAAAGCGGUGAGUUCGCGAAAGAUGCUCGAUGUGUCACGACUUGAGCAAGAGAUCGUGUGUUCCAGUGGACGCGCUGAAUUGUUCACGAAAAUGACACAGUUGUUUGCUGGGGACUAUAUGGAAGAUGACAAGAUCCGAGUUGGUAUGUUGUAUGCAUUGAAAUACGAAGAACGUGCACAAGAGAUUAUCCAAGAGUUAAUCAAGUGCGGUGUUCCACAAGAGAAAGCUGAAAUUGUUGGAUGUGUUAUUAAAUAUGGUGGGGCAAGUAAACGACCCAUCGAGAUAUUCCCAAAGGCAGCCAAAGCGGUGUUGGACUUUGUCAAAAAGAGUGUUGCUGGUGUUGAGAACAUCUUUGUUCAACACAAACCCGUUUUGGAGUUACUCAUUGACUCGUUCUUAACUCAACAAAGUGUCGACAAGUUCCCAUAUUGUAGAGGAAACAAUACCACGUCAAAGGAUCUUAUAAUCUUCAUUGUUGGUGGUGCAACUUUUGAGGAAGAAGUCGCAGUUGCAAACAGAAAUCGAAUCUCGACGAGUGGGAAGAUUAUUCUUGGCGGGACAGAUAUCCUUAACACAAACAAAUUCCUGGAGCAAGUCAUUAAUAUCAAACAGUAA